ACCUUCCUCUCCUCGAAAAAUCCGAAUUUUUUGAAAAGAAAACGAAGGCAAUAAAGAGAGAGAUCGAGGAAGGUUCAGUCGUCUUUGGUUUCUUGGCAGUUUUCCCAUUUUGUUUUUUGUUGUUUUUCUCCACCACUAUUCUGGGUCCCUGCUCUCUCUUCUGACCCUUUCUCAUAAUAGUUUUUCUUUCCGUCCAAACACAAUCCACCACUUUGCUUUCUCUUCUUCUUCUUCGCUCGUCUAGCUCACCGCUCUUGGAUAUCAUGUCUUUCAGAUGGCUCAACCGGCCAAACGCUUCGUGGGGCAUGGGUGUUGGUGAUCAAACCAAAAACACAUUUUUCGAAUUGAAGUGGAAGAAGGUUCACCGAUAUGUGAUUUUUAAGGUUGAUGAGAAUAAAAAGGAGGUUGUGGUUGAGAAGACAGGUGAUCCAGCUGAGAAUUAUGAUGAUUUCACUGCAGCUUUACCUGAGAAUGAUUGCCGAUAUGCUGUUUACGACUAUGAUUUCGUGACUUCUGAUAACUGUCAAAAGAGCAAGAUAUUCUUCAUCGCAUGGUCUCCUUCAUCCUCACGAAUCCGUGCCAAGAUGCUCUAUGCCACAUCUAGAGACAGGUUCAGACGGGAGCUGGAUGGUGUCCAUUAUGAGAUUCAGGCUACUGACCCCAUGGAGAUGGAUCUUGAAGUGCUUAGAGACCGUGCACACUGAAUGGUCUCUGCUGUUUAGAGUUUUCUUCCUUGGAGAGGAGAUCUGCUAUGGUUUUUAAAUUUAUGAAAUAGUUAUCAGGCACAGUAUAGCAUUGCACUAUCCGUGAAUAAAUUGACAUCUGUGAGGCACAUUAGUUUUAGGCUAAUAUUAUCUGAUAACAGAGAUGAUGGAGAAAGUCACUUUCCUUCUUGUUUGCCUAUCCUCAGGUGAAAAGAUGAGUUUGUAAAGUGGUUUUUGGAAACUCUUGAUGUAAGUAAUCUUAUGAAAGUUGGUAUACAAAGGAUGUACCUGUAAAAGGAUAUGUAGAAACUCCAUGUAUAUUGGCAUGUAAAACAUGUCUGAAGAUGUAUGGGAAACGGCAAAAAUUGCUCUUA